UGACCUUGCAAAAGUCCAUCGACUUAAUACCCUUGCUACCCAAUGCAGGACCAACGGGUGGACUUGGGCUGGCUUGCCCGGCUCCCACGAUCAAUUUGACAAUCUGAUCGGCAGCCGCCGAGGCGCCACGUUUCGACAUAUUGUUCGGAGAUGAUUCCUGGCGGUUGAUCGGGAGUCGUAGGUAGUAUAAAGCCCGGGGCUUCGCGGCUAGAUGGAUCGAAGACGAAAUCCAGAAACCCGUCUUUUCGCAAAUCCACACUAGCCACAACAAGCAGACUACAGAGCUUGAGUGGGCAUGUCUUGGCAGUGACCAAUGCCUAUCUCAUACUUUAUCGAUAGAUGACGCCACAGCGCCAAAACACCCCGCCAAAGACCACUGCUCUCCCUACUCCUGCAUAACCAUUGCCAGCCAGACAUACAGCUAAGCUUAGGUAGUUCAAGGUCGUAGCCAAAAACUACUUAUCUCCCAACACUACAUCUCUUCACAGCCAAAGACGUCGGAAAAACUCGCAAAAUCUUGCAUGACUUGUCAUUUCUCCUAUCGUCAACUGCACUUAUUUCAUAGCAGUAUCUAUCCCUUUAAGCUCCAAAUUCGAUAACCAUGUUCAACUGGGCAAAGCAAACUUUGGCAAACGUCGUAGGCACUGAAGAGCCGAUAUACGGCCCGUCAGCUAUCAAAUCCGUUGCCGAAGAUGCCAAGUCCACACCAUACACCGAAAUAUCCAGGGAUGACCUGAAAUGGACUGCUUUAGAUCAGACAUCGGUUGAGACGCAGGUGUUUUACUUCACGGCCGAUAGCGGGCAUGUUGGGCUCGCUCAGAUCAUAUAUAGUAAUGUAGCUGGUAUUCGCACCACAGUUCAGUUCAACUCCAAGGUCUUCUACACCGACAGGUCUAAACCACACCUCUGGUGCUCCAACCCAUUGACCGACUAUACCUUCAGUGAUGACAAGACCUCAUUUUACGCCAAAGACUGCGCAGUCGAGUUAUCAGAGGAUGGCAAAUCGUACACGAUCAAGUCGAUAAACGAUGAGCGAUCCAUUGUCAACCUCAAGUUGACUAGGACAGCUCCCGGCUUCGUGGCCGGCAAGGAUGGCAAGACCCUGUACGGCACUGACUUGGCGAACCCUUGGGGGUCGAUGAGGCAUGCCUUUUGGCCAAGGUGUGAGGGAGAGGGAAGUAUUGUGACACCAGAUGGUCCUAUUGACUUCAAGGGAAAGGCCGUUUUCAUCAUGUGUCUUCAGGGCAUGAAGCCCCACCAUGCGGCUGCCCAGUGGAAUUUCCUAGACUUUCAAGGUCCGAACUACUCCGCGAUUCUUAUGGAGUUUACAACACCUCCUUCCUACGGGACUACAGUGGUAGAUGUCGGCGGAAUAGUCAAGGAUGGCGAAAUUGUCACAGCUGGUACUACCUGCCGCGCGACGCACACUCAGACAAAGCAGGAUACUGUAAACGGCUGGCCUGAGCCGACGGCGGCAAAAUACACUUGGUCAGGCACGACCAAAGAUGGAAAAGAUAUCGAAGCUGCGAUCGAGGGCCCAACUGAAAGGCAGGAUUGUGUAGAUGUUAUGGCAGAGGUUCCAGGUUUUGUCAAGACUAUCGUUGCUAACGCAGCAGGGACUAAGCCGUAUAUUUACCAGUUCGCUUCGUCCAAGCCUGUCACGCUGAAAUUGAAAAUUGGUGAUGAGGAGAUCGCAGAAGAGGGUCGCACAUUUUCAGAGGCCACAUUUAUAUCUUCUAUUGAAGAGGCGAAGUAAUAUAAUCAUGCUAGGGCUAUGCCACUACAUGGGAAUUGUUGAUGCCCAUGUGUCAUGCGAAUUAGCAGAUGUCUUCAACAUCUAAUGCUGCGGGCCGUCUCUCAUGCUAGGCUAUUCUGGAAAACGGCACAGUUGAUACAAGAGACGCAUCCCUAUG